ACUUAAUUUCGAUUGUAAUCUCAAUGAGGGUUACACGCUGAUUUGCGAAAUCCGAUCUCUAUAUAAAGCUGAAGACAAACCGGAAUAAGCAUUAAGUCUUUUGUCUGUGCUUCUAAAAUAAUUAAGUGUUUGCUCACCAGCCCAAAAUGAAGUUCCUUAUCAUCUUUGCUAUUUUGAUUGCCUUUGUCGCGGCCAACAGUGGAUAUGGUGGACGUGAUGAACAUGGCCGUGGUGGUUAUGGACACGGUAACCAAGGAUUCGGCGGCCAUGGAAGCAGUCAUGGAGCAGGUCAUGGAGGCCAAGGAGGAUAUGGUGGACACAAUAGCGGUCAUGGAAGCCAUGGAAGCCAUGGAAGCCAUGGAAGCCAUGGUGGGUAUGGCGGUCACGACCGAGGACACAACCGGGGUUAUUAGGAUUUAAAUGACGAGUCUACAUUAGAGCCAAAUUUCUACCGAAUUAUUGAAUAAGAAAAAUAAAAUGAAUGAAUGAAAAAAA